CAGCAGUUUUCCCACGUGUACAAGUGCUUAUUGCCUAAUACUACCUGGCAUCACGUUCUUAUGUAACUUGCUAGAAUUAAUUUAGAGAUAUAUUUCUCAAUUCUUUUGUGCCAGACAAAUUGAUAUUAUGUCAUCUGGUGAACCAUUCCCAUAACUUAAGAAGUGUGCAGGACAUAAGCCAUUCCAGUUCACCUGUGUUUUGUGACAUUAACCUUCAAACUUCACAACACUGUCCACAGAGGUCACUUAUAAGACUUUUCUCUUCAGAGUGGAUUAUCCUGUGAAAAUGUUAAUAAGGCAACUAGAAUUUGUAUUAGCAAUUGGUUGCAAGACUUUUCAAUCACUCUGUACCAUGUUAAUUCAGUUUAGUUUACUGUGAUUAUGUAUUUUGAUAUUUGGGGUUGUGUGGUUAAUUAAUUGACUGGCUGGCUGGCUUUUAAGUAAAUCUAUAUAGAUUAUGUAGUGCUGAAUAUCUAGGAGUUUUUAUACUUGCAGUAACAGUAUUAUGUAGAUUUAAUCAAGUCAGACACAUACACACAUUGUACACAUUAUGCAUCUAGUUCCUGUCGAAGAUCAUUACAAAAGUGGCACAAAAUGGCAGCAGAAAAAUAAUGAUGUCAAAGAACGUUUGUCACAUUUGAGGACAUCUGGUGAUUUUAGUGACUGUGUGUUCAUAGUGGGAAGUGGUGAGACUGUGGAGACUGUUCGGGCCCAUGAAUUGAUCAUGCGUAUGUCAAGUCCAACUUUUGAAGAGUUGUUAAUAACAAACAAAUCAGAUGGUGCUGUUCAUAUUACUGAUAUUGAACCAAGAAUAUUUAAUAUGAUGCUUGAUUACAUGUAUCUCGACCACAUAAAGUUGAAAUGUACUGAGGAUGCCAGCGCUCUUUAUAAGGCAGCUGUGAAAUACAACUUGCCUUAUCUUUGUGAAGUCUCUGCAAAGUACAUGGUUAGGGACAUGAACGUUGAUACACUAUGGCCUAUCUUACAGCUGCUUUCUCAAGUUCAAGAGCCGAUUCUGAAAGAGGAAUGUGGCAAGUUUGUGAGUAAAAAUCCAUCACUGGUACUGAAGCAUGCAAACUUCCCCAAUGUGGAUUGGAAUAUUGUGAACAUGAUAGUGGAGUUAGACUGGCUGGAUGUACCAGAGAUUGAGAUUCUGAGAGCAGUAGAGAAAUGGGCAGAGCAUCAAUGCCUCAAAGUCAACGACCUCCCAGACAGGGAUAACAAACGUUCAGCCAUCGGUCCUGUUAUCCUGUCCAAGCUGCGUUUCCUAGCUGUUUCCCGGGAAGAAUUUGUGAAGGGGGCAGCUUUUUCAACUACCAGUGACAAAGGUCUUCUAACAUUGGAGGAGAGCUAUGCCAUUCUCAUGAAUCUCACAGUUCCUGUUUCAUAUCCCAUGCCUGAUGGAAUCAGCGGAGACGGUAAUUCACGUAUGCUGGCCAAGUUAAGAUGCAUCCGUAAGAUUCAGGCGACAUCCUCACUCUCUUUAUUCACACCCGGAGGCUUCAGAUCACCCCGGCCCACUGUUUUUGAUUCUUCCUUUAACAAUACAUUGGACCAAGUUGUGGCAUUGGCAUCACCCUCUCAGACAACCAACUUUGGUAGCAAGAACUUCUCACUUGAUAUCAAGGUGGAUCAUCCCAUUGUACUGUAUGGGAUUCAGGUUCCCACUUUAUUGUCUGCAACAGGAGCCAAACCUUUUGCAAAUGAAUAUGAUGAGUCAUUCGUAGUCACUGUGUUGGAUGUCUUUGGAACCCCAAUCAGUCGUACAGUAUUUUCUGGGAAGAUUUCAUAUGGGUCUGUGAUUGACAUCAGCCUAAAAGAAUCAAUAAUUUUGCAGAAGAAUGCCAGUUAUAAGGUUCAAGUGUACACAAGCAAUGUAUAUUUCUUGAGCAAGAAGCUGCAUUCAAAGGAAGACUGUCCCCCAGUGAAGUUCACAUUCACGGACGCCAUCACGGUUGAUACGCUUGAACCAUCAUCACCCCUCUUUCGUGAUGUUGGUUUUGUUACUCAACUCAUAUAUUCAGUAUGGGCGUGAUCUGGUCAUCAUCAUGAUCAUUCUUUUUGUACAAAUGUACAAUGAAUGUUUCAUUCCUAAAUGUGAAAUUAUUCAUGGCAGAACUGAAGUGCAGUUUAAAAUUACAUCUCUUAUUACAAAGAAGUUAAUCCAGCAAAGAGGUGAACAUUUUAAAAUCUGUUUGCCACUUUUAUGGACAGAAUUGUGAGAUAUGAGGCUUAUAUGGCGGUGAGUUUGAAGAUGGCUGUCUUUUGGAUCAUUGGCCCAUGUAGUCUGGUAGAAAUUUUACUAAUGUUUGGUAAACUUUUCUCUUGUUUUGUAUGGGUGCGAAGCAUGGUCUCUCACUCUGAGGGAGGAACGUAGAUUUCAGGUGUUUGAGAAUACGGUGUUGAGAGGAUAAUUGGGCCUAGGAGAGAAGAUGAUA